UUUAAGAACAAUUUCCUCCCAUUGUCAAACAGUCGUGAGCAGGAAGAGGGAAACGAAAGCAGGGGCCAAAGGGGGGUGUAUGUAUUUAAACGCGAUGCUGCACAAUAACGGCGAUCGUCUCUUAAAUUGGACGAGCCCUUCUGCCGGCAACUGGGUUGGGGGAAGACAGAGACGCCCUGAAAAUAUUCGGUCUACGCAUGUGGUCUUUUUUAAUCGGAUUAAAUGGACGUGAAGGAUCAACAUAGUUUUAAAGUCGCUGUUGGAUAUAAUAUUAGGCUCCACUUGGAUGGUUCAAGUGAUCACGCUUUAUUGGCUCGGGAAACGACCUCCGUCAUCCGUUUGGGAUACAGCAUCACAGCCGACCAAGUUUAACCUUGUGCUGUGACACGGUCCACCCGGGGCACUCAAUGAAAUAAUAUUAUUUAACGACUGACACAGGUUGAAGUUGCGUUUAGCUGGCGUUUGAACAGGUGCGGUGACGGUCGUGGGACGUCUCAGUCCGCCGCCCCCCCACUGAGCACUCACACCCCGAAGAUAAGAGUUGACUGUUGGAAUCUGAAACGUGCGCUUCAUCAAAAUCGGAUAGUUUGUUUUUUGUUUCAUUCUGGAACAAUGUCAUCCACGAUAGAGAGAAAGACGAUGGAAGCAAACGAGGAGCCCGUGGACGAGGUCCUCCAGAUGCCGCCGUCGCUGCUCACCUGCGGCGGCUGUCAGCAGAGCAUCGGCGACCGCUUCUUCCUGAAGGCCAUCGAGCAGUACUGGCACGAGGACUGCCUGAGCUGCGACCUGUGCGGCUGCCGGCUGGGCGAGGUGGGCCGCCGGCUGUACUACAAGCUGGGGAGGAAGCUGUGUCGGAGGGACUACCUCAGGCUUUUCGGUCAGGACGGCCUGUGCGCAUCCUGCGAGAAAAGGAUCCGGGCGUUUGAGAUGACCAUGCGUGUACGCGACAAGGUGUACCACCUGGAGUGCUUCAAGUGCGCCGCCUGUCAGAAGCACUUCUGCGUGGGCGACCGCUACCUGCUCAUCAACUCGGACAUUGUGUGCGAGCAGGAUAUUUUCGAAUGGACCAAACACAACAGUCAUAACAUGGUCUAGAGUCAGAUUCAGAGGAGAUUUAUUUAUCCACCAGAUGGUGACAUUAUCCUUUCCUUCCCUUUGGUUGACGUCAAAGUCAACAUUUUUAUACCGACUGUUACGCUGAUGAGCCCACCACGUAAUGCAUAUUUUCUACGCGUGGAAUGAUUACGUCUAGCUAUGACUGGACUGUUCUGCAGUAUGUGUAGACGAUGGAAGGGCAUACCACCAGCACAGAGAACCAGAGAAUAAUCAAGAUGCAAUAAGUCAUAUUUGCAGAGACUAGAAAUGUAGAGUGGAUAAAUACAAUUAAUCCAUCGAUUAUUGCAAUGGUCAAACACUGUUACAAAAAUCACUUCUUGUGGAAUCAGGAUGAAAUUACAGAAAGGGGUUUUGAUAUAUUUAUAAUAAAAUCGGAAUGAUUGUAUUAUAUUGCCAGGUUAAACUGGUUGAUGCUCUCUAUUGACCUAGAGAAUAAUUGCAAUAUCAAUGUUAUUCAUAUAAUGUUUUUUGUAAUGCAAACAGAUUUACACGUGCCAAUACAUUUUGGAUAAAUAAUCUGUGAUUUGUUAUAAGAAAUAGAACAAAUAAAAGUACACAUGUGUCUUUUUGUCAUCCCA